CCUGCCGUAAUCCUCCAGCGUAAAGCUCCCGGAAUAUUUCAGAGCCGUAGAAACUGACACGGAUUGCACCACUGCCCGGCGGUCUGUCUUCAAAUGUUCACCCCUCAUCCAAAGGACUCCCCAGCACCUUCCACUUGUCUGGGCUCUGCCUCCAUGCAGGACAUGGGCAGUAGCUGUCAGGAUGGCCAGGAAGAGGAAUAUCCCAGAGAACCCCAUCCGAAGCGGUUGAAGCUCUAUGGAGUGGGUAAUCCCAUCGCCAUGUUCUCCUCCGACAGCUCCUGCCUGUCCUCUCGAGGAAGAGUCAUCAAAUGGUUCUGGGACUCAGCUGAGGAGGGCUACAGGACCUUCCACAAGGAUGAAUAUGAUGAGGACAAGAACCCCAGUGGCAUCGUUAAUCUCGGCACCAGUGAGAACAAACUUUGCUUUGAUCUGCUGUCCUGGCGGCUGAGUCAGAGUGACAUGCUGCGCAUAGAGCCGUCCUUGCUGCAGUACCCCGACUGGAGGGGGCAUCUCUUUGUCCGGGAGGAAGUGGCCAAGUUCCUGUCUUUCUACUGUAAGAGCCCAGUACCCCUCAAUCCAGAGAAUGUGGUUGUUCUCAAUGGCUGUGCCUCUCUCUUCUCUGCUCUGGCCACAGUGCUGUGUGAGGUAGGAGAGGCUUUCCUGAUCCCUACCCCUUACUAUGGAGCCAUCACCCAGCACGUCUAUCUCUACGGCAAUGUCCGACUGGUCUAUGUCUACCUAGACAGUGAGGUCACUGGGCAAGACACACGUCCCUUCCAGCUCACAGCAGAGAAGUUGGAGUUGGCCCUGCAAGGAGCUAAUGCUGAGGGUGUGAAGGUCAAAGGCCUCAUCCUUAUCAACCCCCAAAAUCCUCUGGGUGACAUCUAUUCUCCCAGAGAGCUACAGGAGUUCUUGGAAUUUGCUAAGAGGCAUGAGCUGCAUGUGAUAGUGGAUGAGGUCUACAUGCUGUCAGUGUUUGAAGAGUCACUUGAGUACCGAAGUGUUUUAAGCCUGGAAAGGCUGCCAGACCCCCAGAGAACCCAUGUUAUGUGGGCGACAAGCAAGGACUUCGGCAUGUCUGGGAUGCGCUUUGGUACUCUGUACACAGAAAACCAGCACGUGGCCACUUCUGUGGCUUCCCUCUGCCGCUAUCAUGGCCUCAGUGGCCUGGUGCAGUACCAGAUGGCACAGUUGCUCCAGGAUCGAGAUUGGAUCAGCCAUGUGUACCUGCCAGAAAACCAUGCCCGGCUCAAGGCAGCCCACACCUAUGUCUCAGAAGAGCUCAAGGCCCUGGGGAUCCCCUUCCUGAGUCGUGGAGCAGGCUUCUUUAUCUGGAUUGACUUGAGAAAGUACCUUCACAAGGCCACCUUUGAGGAAGAAAUGCUACUCUGGCGCCGCUUUUUGGAUAACAAAGUGCUUCUGUCCUUGGGCAAGGCCUUUGAGUGUAAAGAGCCUGGCUGGUUCCGCGUGAUCUUCUCAGACAAGGCCCAACGGCUUUGCUUGGGGAUGCAGAGGAUCCGACAAGUCCUUGAGGGCAAAUCCCAAGUAUCGGAAGAUAAUCUUCCUUUACAGAAUAAGGAGCUGCAUGAUCAGCCCAGAUGAACUGCCCACUGACCCAUACCUGGACAGGCAAGAGCUGCAAAAGCCUGAUUGGAGGAGCGAUCUGCCAGCAGGAUUCCCACCUUGGCCCUGACUCUGAAGAUCUGUUUCCUGCCUUUGCCAGUGGCAUCAGGAGACUCUUAAGACUGGCGUCAGCCACAUGGCUUUAUUAUGAGUAGUUUACAAUGGAGGAAGUCGUGACUAUUCUUAACCACAGCCCCCAGCCUCCUGAGGACAUAAGAGCAAACAAACAACAUGUACCUUCUUUGUGAUGGUGCCUUUGUGCCUUUUUCUGUGUUGCCAGGGAAACAGCACCCAUAGAAGAGAAUACCAGAAAAUAAAAAGUAGUCAUGAAAAGCACAGAAUGAAUUCUGUUUGUU